UACGAUUAGAAAUUACACGAGACACCGGUUUAACGAAAACUAAACUAGGAUCAAAUUUGUUAAAAGAUUCAUGUUUCUUUUAUGGAGUUUUACUUAAGAGCUAAAUAAGAAUGGCCGAAGAAACUUCCUUCCCGUCGUUUACAGAUGGCUCUGGUGCCUGUGAUGAAAACUGCUGCACACCAUGUGGAGAGGACAAUAUCAAUGAAGAAGCUGUGAAAUAUUGUCCUGAGUGCGACGAGUAUCUCUGUACAAGAUGUACAAGGCAGCAUACUAGGCGGAAUGCUACAAAAUCACACAACCUGGUUGAUAAAAAGGAUGCCAAACACAGUCUUUCUGUUGCUAAAACUAAAUGCCUCUAUCAUCCGGACCGAGAUAUAGAGAUGAUUUGCAGAACACAUGAUAUGGUUUAUUGUACCAUGUGCAUAGCAACAGAUCACAGAGCUUGUGAAUAUGUAGACAGAAUUGAGUCCAAGUUGAUGUCCAGUGUAAAUCGCACCGAGAUUAAUCGCCUCUCUGAUGAAAUAACGACAGCUAAGGAAACCUUAAUAAAUGCAACAGAGAAACAAAAGCACAAUCUGUCUUCACUUGAGGAGGAAAGGAAAGACAUAGACAAGACAUUACAUGAUAUUGAGGAAAAGAUGAUACAGCGCAUCAGAAAAUUGAAACAAGAGGCAAAGCAAUCUGUAACCAAAAAGUAUGACAUUAUGAAAUUUGGACUUGAGCAUGAAAUCAGCACAGCAUCUAGUAUGAUUGAGUCUUUGAAGGAGAGUUUACAGCUCCUGAAGUCAAUUGAUAGUCUUACCGCAGAGCAGCAAUUCAUUCACUUGAAUCUGACAAAGAAGACUAUUAAAAAUGCCAGAGAAUUACAUGCACAAUCCGUUUCUAAAGGAAUAUGUUCAAUCAGUUUUACAGCUAAUAAAGCAUUAGCAGAAUUUGUUUCAUCAGUUGAUUCUUUUGGUCAGGUUCAAGAAGGCAAACAAUUGACAAAACCAAAGCAAUACAAAGUGAAGGCAAUGAAAGAUUACAAUGUGAACAGUGACAUAAAUACAUACGCAAUCUCUGAUAUAUGUCAACUACCAGACGGUAGAAUCUUGCUAACAUAUUAUACAAACAGGAAUGUUAAAAUGCUUGACCUUAAAUACAACGCCGUAGAAAGUUGUGCAUUAGAUGCCAAUCCCACUGGCAUAUGUUGUAUCUGCAGCAAUGAAGUCGCUAUUUAGAUGACCAACAACACAGUCCAGUUUGUAUCUGUUGAAACAUCUCUGUCUAAAGCCAGAUGUAUUUCAAUAUCAGGCGGGGGUUAUUAUGGAAUGACAUAUUGUGAUGGUGGACUUUGGGUAUCUACUGGUGGUGGUAUUAACAUAUAUAAUACUGCAGGUACUUUGAUCAAAUCUGUUGAUAAAAAUCACAAUGUUAACAGGAUAUUUAAAUCAAUUCCCCAACAUAUGUCUGUGACUGGUGAUACUGUGAUCGUUGCAUAUUUGUCUGAUGGUGCUGUAUGUUUUAAUAAAGAUGGUACAGUGAUGAGGGAGCUGAGGGAUGGUAGACUUCAAGUCUGUCGUGCUGUAUGUGUUGCUGGUGAUGGUACUGUGUUUUUGUGCGGAUUCAAUUCCCAUAAUAUCGUGAUGUUCAGCAAAGAUGGGAACUGUAAAAGAGAGAUAGUAGCGGCAAACUGUGGUUUAAUGUUCCCUAUAAACAUUUGCUUUGAUAAAAAAAGAAACACGCUCAUUGUGACUUCUAACUAUUUAAAUACAAUAAAAGUACUUGAGUUGGAAGAAUAAAGCAUGUCUGAAUGUACUUGAAUAUCAAAUAGAUAUUUGUAGGGAUAGGUGCAUUAAGAUUCUAAUUUUUAUAUAAUAAACAUGUCACAAGUUUCGUUUAUAAUAUGAAAUUACUGUAGACUAUGUAGUGUGAUUUUAUUUAUUCAAUAUUUUGUUCGAAUCACGAUCCCUUGGCAACAAGAAUAUUGCCAUUUAACAGUUUAAAUUAUUGUUUAUUUAGUAAUAUAACUAGUAAUCAUUACUGUUAAUUGAAGUGUUUUUACUUAUAAUACAACUGAAUGCAACUAGAAUACCAUGUCAUGUGAAUUUUGUAUACAUUUGUAACUUUACAAUUACGUUGCACUAUACUGAUAUAACUUUAUAAAACGUUUUGAGUUAAUAAAUUAAUGUUAUAUUCUGUGCUGAAAUAGUUUUUAGAAAUGUGUCUUUCUAUGUUAUGCUAUGUAUGUUUUGUAUGUUACAUGUACAUUUGUAUGCAAAUAAAUGAAUUUUGUUUGUUCUUUUCCCAUAGCAUUUUAAAAAUGAACUUUGCAGUUUAACUGCAAUUUAUUCACGAUAUUAAGUAUAAACAGAAAGAACAUGUCUGUAUUUUUUUUCAU